AUGCAUCAAGCGACAACAAUAACUGCACCUAAUGUCUACGGAUCUGAUCUUCCUGAUUCCUAUCUACCUGUCCUCGAAUUGGGUACAACCAGCAUGAAUAUUUUAAGCGCUGUGGAUUUUACGCAUUUUGUCAUGAAUUCGAAGGACGUGAAGUUAAUGCAAAGAGGGUCAUCUAUCUAA